AUGUUUGCACUUUCUAAAAGUUUGAGGCAGAUCAAAAGGCAGACCAUCCAGUAUAGAUUUAUAUCUGGUAUUUCCAAGGAUGAGGUGUAUUGUAUUAUAGAUACUAUAAAAUCCAGUCAUGAAUGGCAUAAAUUAAAACAAGAUCAGAAGAUGCAGGCGUAUGUGGCGGAGGCGUUAACAAAUCCCACUUCAGAGAACGUAUCUGAAUUGAUGCAGCUGAAGAGAAAAAUGAUGAGGACUUUGAAUGAAAACUAUAAUUUGGCCCUGGGAUAUAUUGAGGAAGGCUUACCAGGACCUAUAGAAAGGCUAAAGUUUCGUUCGGAGUUUUUGAGGGUCGUAGACUCCGAACACUAUGCAUAUUUUUCAAAGAGCCUUGAUCAUAUACGGUAUUGCAAAGGUCUUGAUAGAGCAACUAGAAGAAAAGAAUUUUACAACUGCAUUGAGUUACACAGGAGAUGUAAUCCAGAAGUAACAGAAGGUUCUGGUAUAUUGCUACCAGAUGAUAUUCACCAAUGGUUUUUCGUAUUUGUUCCUCCUGAUGAGAGAAUGAAGCACUAUCUUUUCCUCAUCGAAAACAAUGUAUUAAUAUCAGGUCAUUAUGCAGGACUGACACAAGAAAGAAUGUUGAAAGGUUCGGAGAUGGAAUAUAGAGUGGCUAGCUUCCUUCACUUUAUUGAGGAUCCUGAAAAACGUCACAUUUUCGAUGAAAAAUUUAGUGUCAUGCACCCUUUCCGACCAAUGAGACGAAUCGUCAACCUGCUCAUAACGAAAAAAGACAUGGUACACAUCAAGGAAUAUUUGGAUGUUUUAACUACUAGACUGGAAAAUGUGGAAUUGAGAAACGAACGCAUUCCUUACGAUGUACGGAAAUUAUAUUUUAUUGAAUUUAUGCACACUUUACAGCAUUUUGCUAGAUGUACGAAUUAUAUUGACAUGUUCUUGGAAACGGUGCAUAGCAUGAUGGAUGCUUUACCCAAAGAUACUCCCGUACCCUUCAUUCGAAAGUCGUUUGUUGAAAUACUCAAUUAUUUUCAAAGAAUUGGGGAUACAGAAACUGUCUUCAAAAUCAUGUCAAUGUUCAAUGAAUAUCCUUUGACGGAACCAAAUACGAAAUUCACAAAUGAAAUGUUAGGUAGGAUUUUAUUUUCGUUGAGGCAGUUUAAAGACCCUAAGCUUACGGCUUCUUAUAUUGUGAUCGCUUACAAGUCCAUCAAGACAAAGAAAAUGUUGAAUAAUCUUGGCUUGUGGUGUCUUAUUUUCGGAAAUGGUUUUGGCCGUUUGAACAAGAAGGCGAUUAGAGAUGCUAAGCAACCUGAAAAAUUCAUUAAUUUAAACGUCCCAGAAAGCUUAAGAUUCAAACGUGCACCAGAUUCCGUCGCAUUAAACGAAUUAUAUAUUGUAGUCUUUGAUUACUACAAAAGCAAACUUUCACCUGACGAGUACAGAGAGUUAGUGGUAAAAUGUUACAAGUAUUAUUGUGAUUUCUUGAAAAAUCAUGUUAAUACUUAUCUUCAAUGGAGAAUAGACACAAGCAUUUUGAGAACUAUGAUUCACCGCGCCAAAUUUGAUAUUAAGGAUGAUAGACUUGCAUAUGAAAUGUUAAUGAAUUUUUAUGCAAUGAAUUUGAAUCCAAGAUUUGAUUCUAAAAACACUCCAUUUGGUCUUGUCUUGUACCGGAAUGAGGCAAUAAAUCAACAGGAAUUUAAUCAAGUGCUUGAAUUAAUGCAAAGAUGUAGGGCACCAAUGGAUCAUAAAAUUAUUAUUACCAUCGUCUUGAAAUUCAUUAAAUCAGGCAAUAUCGACUUGGCACAUGAAUGGUAUACUCGGUUACUUAAGACAGGAUAUCCACUCCGUCAUUUCAAGAUGAUUGAAGAAGCUAAAAGACUGAACUGGGAUAUACCUGAACCAGCAGAAAGAUAUUAUGAAGAGUGCGAACGAAAGAAUCAACUGGAGGAAGAGAAUUUCGAUGACAUCUAUUUACAGAAUCCUGCAGAAGAUUCGUACACCAAUGACCUCAUUGAAGCUGCAAAGAAAAUAGGACGCAUAUAUGCAACAUCUAUUGGUGCCCGUAUAAUUCCUGAAAAUGAUAAAGCUGCCAUGGAACUGAACCAAAAAAAAAAUGCAUACGGGACGUGA